AUGUUUUAAAAAAGCCUUAAAUUAUAUUCACAAUGUGAACUAUUUUUACUGUUGUGAAAUAUCUCUGAUGCAUGGAUUGUAAUUGUGUGUGUGUGUGUGUGUCCAGAUGUGGAGUGUGUCCCGUAGAGCCGGUGUCCAUGAACAGACUCAACUUCCUGAGAAGCAGAAACAGGAAUGGACUGGGUCCUGCUAAGGAGGGUGAGCCGCAGUAUGCGGUCGUGCACUGCACAGGCUUCAUCAAGUCCUGGCCUCCUGCAGGAGUGACUCUUGCUGAAGAGGAGGCCGAUAAUAAUCAGGGAAAUCGUUUCUGUCUAGUCGCCAUUGGAAGGCUACAGGUCACAUGUUGCCCAAGCGACACUAGCAUAAAUAACAUCAGCGUUCCAGUGGAAUUUAUUUCCCGCCACAACUGUCAGGGCCUCUACACCUUUGUGGAUCACCGCUGUCAGGCGACGGUGGGCUUCCAGCCUCAGGUGGGCCUCAGAAACCUGAGUCAGGGUCAUUUCUGCAGAGAGCAAUCCCGCGAGUGGAUCUGGAUGAGAACCAGCUCGUUCACCUUCCAGAACCCUUUCUCUGAAGAGAUCGAGUACAUCAUCUGCACCAACGCCAAUGUCAAUAGAGGUGCGAAUCAGGACUCCCUGUCCCCCCUCUCUUCCCCGGGGGUUUCACUGCCCCCUUCACUGGGGCAGAGCAGUCCUAACUGCCCCUCCACCCCCAGCCCAGGGCAGGUCACAGCCAGGCAGUUGCAGCAGCAGCAGGCCGAGUUAGACGGAGGGAUGGGACGAGACGCAGCGUAUGAAACCAAUCAGGUCACUCUUCCUCAGGUUCCAGUGCAGACUGUAGGUGUAGUCGGUGCUGAUCACAACUCUAAAGCCGUGUCCUCCAGUGCCUCCGGUGGACAGCAGCUUUACCCACCAGCAGCAGAUGCUCAGAUUUUCUGGUUCUAUAUUUCAAAAUGUCUUUCUUUUCUUGUUGUUGCAAAUACUCUCUUUGUCCAGCAGAUGGCAGGUCAGGUUGUGAAGAGUCAGUCAGCUCAGUUUAACAUGGGAGGUUUCAGCUCCGCCCCUUCAUCCUCCACUUCCUCUUCCUUUGGCCAGAUGGGCGGGGCUUCUGCUUCAAUGGCAAACACAUCAAAUUACCAACAAAUAAACAGCCACAACAACCCUUCAACUAAUGGAUUCGGCGACAUUAAUCAGAUGGGAGCGCAGUUCCGCUCCAGGCCAGCAGAGGGAGUGUCAGGCUGGCAGCAGUGGCAAACUCAGCCACACACUCAAGGCACCGCAGACGCACACCAGCAGCCUCAAAACAGCCAGACAGAGAUGUUUCAAGAUGUUAUCUCCAUGUUGGAUCAAACCGGCAGCUUCGGCAACGAUGAUUUCGCCGAGAUGCCCAUGUUUCCUCCUUUCCCCGAGUGAUCCCGCUUCACUCCCUGUUGCUCUCUCACACGCCAUUUCUUACUCGUUUAACCAAAUCAAUGGCAGAGCGGAGGCACGGAGGGAUCUAAAACGAGAGCGAGACUGAUGCAUU